AUGGUGGGAGCCCUGGGCGAGGUGGUGAGAUGAUUCAUGAUCGAGCGUUUUUGUUAAAUGGUCCCAUAAAAAAUUGAUGGAUCUAGUUAUUGAAUCAACUGUAUUACCUAUUUACUUGCAGCACUGGUUCUUUUACCUUGUAUAUUUUGAACCUACGGCUCGGUUACCCUGAAAUAACCAAAAAUUUGUUUUACAAAACCACGUCGGGUAGGUUAUAGAGAAAAAACAAAUUAAUUUUGUUUCAAAAAAUAAAAUUAAGUGUAAUGUAGUUUUUUUUUAUAAGUUUUAAAAUCAAAUUUUGAUGAUACUCGUUAGGUUGGUUACUAAUUAUUAAGUAUUCUUGCUUUGUACAACAUUAAUCCUUUAAUUUCUGUGGUAUAGGCAACUUAAAUUACACACCAACCAUGAUACUUUUCUUAUCAAUAAAAGCACAUAGCUUUAGGCCUAACUUCACGUAUGUUAAUUUUUUAGUAGUUUAGCAAUUAUAUACAAUUAUACAAAUAUUAGGAAUAUUAUUCUUAUUACAUUAUCGGGUAGGUAAAAAUAACAUAAACUAUUAUUUACUUCUAUAGUAAAGGUAAUAGGUAAACAGUUUCCGAGAACUUGUUUUAUUAUAAAAAUAUGUCUAUUCAAUAUUCACCUACUUUAGGUUGUUGAAAAGAUGGUUGAUCUGUACAUAGACUGUGUGUUUAUGACACAUAUGUAUCUUUUAAAGACUAAUUUGUGACUUGCUUUUAUUACAAUAUCUAAUUAUAAUUAAUGUACGUACGACGUACCUACAUAAUAGUCUAAUUAUGAUUAUCUAUGCUAAAGAAAAAUAAAAUCUGUCAACAAUUACAGUGUGUAAGUAUCUACCUAUUAUAAUAAUUCCUACCUAGUUUCAGUAAUUACUAAUUAAGUAACAUGAUAUAGUUAUAAUAAUUUUUUUUAAGUAUAAUACGUUUAGAGUGUACAAUAUUUUAUAGAUUAUUAGCUAAUUAUACGUCAAUUUAUACUUAAAUAUUAACAAUACAGCAAACAAAUAUCUAAUAAUGAUUUAAAAACGAAGGUCUUUUAUUUAACAACUAUUUAUAAAUAUAAUUUUAUUAGUCAUAUUUAUAUUCAGACAUUUUUUUUUUCUAUUAAUAUGAUAUUUUAUCAUUGACAAUGCGCAACAAAUACAGAAAAAAAUUGUUUAUUGCUCAAUAUAAAUACAUUAUUUUAAUCUAUCAAUUAAAUAUUAUUAUUUAAUAACCGCAAUGGUCGUUUAAUAUCAUGCAUCGUAACAUUCCUAACCUAUGGAAUAUUAAUAUAAUAAUAUGAUCAAUAUUUAUUAGGUAGCUAACUAUAUAUAUAUGUUAUAAAUUAUAAAAAAAUUUAAAAAAUGGUUGGGAGGAAACAUAAUGACAAUGCGAAAAACAAAAUAUUUUCAAGCAGGGACUGAUACCUUCUGGUUUUUACGGUUCCGGUACUUAAUUAUUUUAUUAAGAGGUUCUAGUUCCAGUUCAGGUUUAUGCCAAUUUUUAUUUAAGGCUUCUGGUUCCGGUUCUGGUUUUGGAAAAUUAAUUUAAGAGUUUAAGGUAGGGUUCUAGUUCAAACCAGUCUUAAACGAUUCCAAAAAUGUAUAUAUUUUUAUUUAUUCGUGUACAGCCUAUUGAUGGUUAAGUGGCGUUGCUCAUGUUCUCUACGCAGGGGAAUAAUACCUGUGGAUGUUGAUUCCAUACUCACCGUGAGCAACUUUUCUUUAUACAGUCUACUGUCGAUGACCCCACAACUUGACAACCUGAACAGCUAACUGUUUGAAUGAUGGCUAAACCAGUAGGUAUGUUGAUGUGUUACAGAACCCUUAUUUGCUUCCCAAAUAGUCUGCAUUUAUCUUUUAUUAGCAAUAGGCGAUAAAAUAAUAAUAUACCAACCAUUGUAACUUAUUAGUACCUAUAGAUUAUUUUAAUUUUAACUUUAAUAUACAAAAGUAAAGUCCAUAAGUCAUAAUAUUACUUAUUAUGAUUUCACAAUAAAUAAACAGCUCUAAACAAAAAUAAAAAUAGAAUAUCAAAGCAGUCGUAUUUUAAUUUGUAGUAUAAGCAUUAUAGCCGAUAAAUUGAACAUAAGCGACUGAAGAGAAAACAAAAUAAUUUAACAGUGUAAAACCCGUUGUUUUAAUUUAAAAAUACGGGUUCCGGUUCCUAAUAUUUUAAGGGUUUUUGGGUUCCAGAGCCCAAAUUGAAAUUAAAAAAUGGUACAAUAUUUAUAUUGUCGAUAACUAAUUAGGCAUUAAUAAUAUUGAUUGGUAAUAACGUAUUAUUAUCAACUGUAUAGGUGUAGGCGUCUCCAGACAUUUUUCUAGGAGGGGCAAAAUGUAUAUUAUUCAGUAGCUACUAGCGGCUAAUAAUUUAUUGUCAUGUGAGCACUCAAACUACGAUAACAUAAACGAAUUCAAAAUUCUAGUUGGGAGGACAAAUGCACCGUCUUAUCCCCUCUGAGGACGCCCAUGUGUAUAGAUAAGCUAUUUGGUAGGUACCCACGUAUCUGUUAUGACGUUUAAAAAUUAUUAUUUGAAAUCAUUCAAAUAUGAAACACAUAAUAGUUAAUAAUAAAUACCUAGCCAUAACGAGAACAACUUUGAUACGUUGUUAUAUCUCAAUGUCUAAUACUAUUUAAUACAAAAGAUCGAAGGUACAACGUCAAUAUUAUUUCGAUGAUUGGUAACCGAAGACCUCCAUGUCUGUCGUACUAUGAAUAUAUUUUGCGCCCCAUGCAUUACAUGGGUCGUGGAUGACAGUACCGUAGAGCAGUAGUUCUCAACCGGGGUGACAUAGACCAAAUGUAGAGAUCUAUUUAUUUUAUUUUUAUUAAAAUUAAUAUCGAAUGAUUACUGGGCCUCACUGAAAAAAACUCGUAUGGACGCCCAGGGUUAUCUUGGUUUAUUAACUAAGAUAACCCUGAUAUAUUUACUAAUAAUUCUUGCUGAUACAGUUAAAUAUUAUUACAUUUUUAUAUAAAGACAAAUAAGGAAUUUUUCAUAAUAAAUACAUAAAUAAAUAAGUCAGAUUUCCUUUUAGAAAAAGUGCUAUCAUUAUAAAUCAGAGCAAAAUUGAUGGUGGAAAAUUUAUCAACAAAAGAAAAAAAAUCAUAUUAUUUUAUUACCUAAUAUUAUACUUCGUACAUUUUCCCGUUUUUCUGUCUUUUUUCGGUUUUUCACAUUCGAUGAGAAAACUCUCGCGAUAAUCGAAAAAUCAUCUUCUUAAAGUACCACCCCGAGAAAACUUCCUUUCAGAAAAGGGUCUACAUCUUAUAUCUUGUAGUAAGCUUUCUGGUAGAAAAAAUGUUCACACAUAAUAAACACCUUUGUAAAACCAUAAGCUUCUUCGCCCAUCCACUUAGAAUCUAAAAUAAUAUUAAAUGUUAUAACUAGGGGAGUGUGUACCGAAAACUCCCUUCAUAUUUUUUUGGAAACUAUCCAUAACCCUCCCCCCAUUGAAAAUUCCUGACAACGCCACUGCGGUAGGUAUACCUACCUAUGGGUAGAUGCACUGGAUAUACCUAGGUAGGUAUUGAUUACAAUGGUAUUACGAUUCGUUAGAAAGCGAUACCUAUUUAUUUUAUUGUAUCGUUCAUCGAUACAAUAAAUAUCUUAUAUGUGUUUACAAAUUUCUAAAGCAUUAUAUUAACAAAGUGUGUGUGUGUGUGUGUGUGUAGGUAAAUGAGGAUCGUGUUAUUGUCGACCUUUGAACCAGUAGGUCGAUGAUACCGACGGAUAUAACAAUUAUAUUGUCGUUGACAAAAAUCUAUGUACGGGAAAUCGCUCGACGAUUACGUGAUAUUUAUUAUUUUGUUGUAUAGAUAAUAUUUGACCGUGGCAAAGGGUAGAUGGCCGGGAGUGGGGGGCAGUAAUAGCUCUCUCACCGACAGGUUCGUCGUCGCCGACGAUUAUAUUUCGUAAAAUCGUUUGUCUUGACAUCUGCAAUCGAUAGUUGUCAGUGGGUAUGCGGGGUAACGUGGGCGCGCGGGCGACCGCAAAAUAGUAAAGCGAAAAAUCAUCACCUGAUAAAAUCAUAAAAUAUUUUUCUGUACAAAAUACUGUUGAAAUAAAAUAUUUUUCUUCUAAAAUACAGUUCGACGUAAAUAUUGGUCGGAUUAUUUAUUUUUUGACAGUUUUAUUUUUCUGAUAAUAAUUAUAAAUAUUUCUGAAAAUAUCAUUCUAACAAGGAAAAUUUACGAAGUCAUUCGUUAUUUUAUGAUAACGGACCACUACUGGGUUAUCUGAAUAACCGGAGCGUUAACAAUCCGUCACGUGACCGAAAUAAUGAUUUUAAUUUAUCUAUUCUGUGGUAAUGUUGGUCAUUUUGAAAAAAUGUUUAUAUGAUAUUUUUGAAGCUUAGAAUUUUGACCUGGCAACACUGCUUUACAAUAGUAUUGAAUUAUAUAAUAAUUAUUAUUAUACGGAUAUCAUAUAGUUUAAUGGGUCGUAAAUAUAAACAUUAAACACAGAAUAGAAUAUGCAUCGUUUAUUGUUAUCAGUAACUUCCGAUAAUAUUUUAGGUUAUCUUUCUUAGAUUUUCGUCGGUGGCAUUAUUCUCAUUUGUUUUUGAUUCAAUCAUUUUGUCCCUCCACAUAACAGGUCAGUUAAUUAUUCAUGAUUUAGUUUUUAGUGUUUAUUUUCUAAUUUUGUUUUGGAGCGUUGAAGAAAGUUACCGUUGUGACUGUAAUCAAAUUUUUCAAUUGCAAUUAACUGUGCUAUUUCCGACGGUUGUUAGAACGUUUUUUGUAACUGAUUAUCUUCGAAGUAUAUAAUUUUAAUAUUAUAUAUUUAGCAUAUUAGUAUUGCAUUGACAAUUGAGAACCACUAGGUAAUAUUACUAAAAAUAAAUUUUAGAUAUCUUAAUUUCAUUUAAUUCAUUCGUAAAUCUAUAGAAAUUAAUAAAUAUUUGUACUCUCCUUUUUUUUUUCUAUUUUUAUUAAGUCGCAUUCGCAUUUUUGUACAUUUAGGUUAAACAAAAUGACAUACUUCCUUUAUUGUACUUGUUAUAACUAAUAUUUUAUUACUUCGUUUUGUUUCGCAAUAGUAGCUUUUAAACUCAUUUACAUUAGCUGGCAACAAAUUGUUAAUUUUACUCUCUUCCAAUUUGUUUAAAUUUAUUCCCUCUUUCUUUUCCAUAAGUAUUAGACAACUCCUUUACGAUCAAAACAUCCCCAAUUUUGUAGUUAAAUUCUCAUGGAAUUUCAUUUAGGUACCCAUAACAAUAAAGUGGCCGACUAAAGGGUCUAUAUUUUAACAGCCGUUCCCCCACUCUAAUUUCUUAGACUGACUUAUGCCCUAUGCUUAGAGCUCAUAUAGAAAGUUGGUGGUUGAAUCAAUAGACUAUUUUGUCUCCUGAUAUAGGAAUAUUUCUCCAACAAUUCCUUUCAACCCAUGGUUCCAUUAUUUAGAACUUGGUAGAAAAACAAUUUCCUCUUUUACAUGCUUAAAAUUUGGACAUACUCUACUCUCAUCCCAUUUUUAUAAGCUUUCUUUAAAUGAUAUUCCUAUAUAUAUUCCAUGUAGUAUAUCACAUAACACUGCUAGAAAAAUCAGUGGAACAUGGUGACACACUAAAUUAUAAAAUGUUGUAUUAAUUGUAUUUAAGUAUUUACGAUAUUCAUAAAUACUGCCGUCCUAAAAAAAAAACGUGUAAAACUAUAAUAUUAAAAAUAAUAAAUUCGAUUUGUUACGUUUUUUUCUUAGUACAGCAGAAUACCUACCUAACUUUUUUUAGUAUACUCCAGGUUAAAAACUUAAUGUGAAUUUAUAGCUACAUUGGUAUACUUGACUAAUAAUAUUGCCCAAAUUAUUAUAGAUACCUAAUAUAUAUUUCAUAUAGGCUGAAAUAUCAUAAUUUUUACUGGUCAAUUUAAAAUAUUUUAUUCGUUUGUAUUUUUUAUUAGGACCAAAAUUUCAAUUGUUUAUUUAAAGUGAUGAAAGGAAGUUUUUGUGUCUGUAAUGUACAACAUAAAGAAAUCUGACAUUUUUGGAAUAUUUUUUAAUUUUAUAAUUUAAAUUCUAGACUUAAAAUAUUUGGGACAAAAUUAUUAACUAGUAGCGUUUUCUACUUUAUGAAUUUGUCCAUCUGUCUGCAUGCACUCUAUCUCUUAUACUGUUGCACAUUUUGAAAUGUGGUUUUCAGUUAUAAAAAUAAUUGUCUAAAUAUAUAUAUAUAUAUUGUGUAUAAGCAAUAUCGUAUUUGGGGAGAAUUUUAAGAUUUCAACAUUCCCCUAAAAACAUUUUUCCAAAAUUAUUAAUAUUUAUUAUUUUAAGAGAAAUGUUACUUAAGUUUAUGAUAAAAAAAAUUGAUGAUUUAAUUUAAAACAGUUUCAUACAUUGUCCUAUGACCUUAUGACUAUACCUAGUUGAUAUUUUUAAAUAAUUGUUAAAAAUUAUGUUUAGAUAUUUUUACAAUGGCAGAAAAUACUGCUAACCAAACUGACAUGAAUGAAUGGGUAUAUGAUUUUUCCCAAGAUUCAAAUAACGAAGAAAGCUUAGUAGAAGAAUUAAAUAAUACUAAAAUAAACAAUAACAAAGUAACUGAAAAUAUUGAUACGGAAAAACAAGAGAAUAACUAUGAUGUUGCUGAUAGCAUAAAUACACAAAAUAGCUGGCUUAAUCAAUUUGAACCAAAAAAUCAUAAUGAUAAUAAAGAUAAAACAGGUUUUAAGAAAAGAAGGGGAGGUUUUAAUAAAUCAAACAACGGUAAUAAUUCGUUUGAAAAUACAGCAAAUUAUGAUUCUACUUCAAACCAUUUCCAAAGUAAUGGUGUUGAACAUAUAAGAGUUCGCGGUCGUGGUUUUUUAAAAAAAUUAGCCCGGGAAAAUGAAUCAGGUAGGUUUGAAUAUAAUGUUCAGGAAGGUAAUACUGCUCCAGUCUACCGUGGUCGUGGAGGACGAGCAAAUCAUCGUGGCAGGGGAGGCAGAUUAAGAGAAACUUCAUCUGAUAGUUGUUAUGAAAAUGCAGAAGAAGGUCAUAACAAAAAAGAAAAUGAUAAACCCACAGGUUCAAAACCAGUUUACAUUCCUCCAGACAUUGAAAACAAAGAAUUAAUUUCUGGAAUUGAGGUAGGCCUUAAUUUUGACAAAUAUAAAACAAUUGAAGUAAAAGUGAGUGGAAUCAAUCCACCAGAAUGCAUGUCAUCUUUUCAUGAUUCUGGUUUAUGUGAUAUUUUGCUAAAGAACCUAUCUGAAUGCAAUUUUUCAACACCAACUCCUAUACAAAAUUACUCCAUACCCAUUAUAAUUGCUGGUAGAGAUUUAAUGGCUAGUGCUCAGACUGGUUCUGGAAAGACUGUAGGUAUUUUUUAACAUAUUAUAAAUUUGAAAAGUAUAUAAUUGAUUCAUUUUUUUUUUUUUUUUUAGGCAGCAUAUAUUUUACCUAUUUUACAUAAUUUACUCAGUGAACCAACAGAAUUGGUUUUUGAUGAAUAUCAUUGUGAGCCACAUGUCGUAAUUAUGGCACCUACUAGGGAAUUGGCAAUACAAAUUUUUGAAUGUGCGUGGAAGUUCAGUAACAGAACUAAUAUCAGAAAUGGAGUACUUUAUGGAGGAACAUCUAUCGCUCACCAAAAGUCUAAAAUACUCCAGGUAAAAGUUAUAAAUGGUUAUUUAAUAAUUUGUUUAAAAAACCUAUUUUUUUUUUUUCAUUCAGAAAGGAGUUCAUAUAUUAGCUGCUACUCCAGGGCGUCUAAAUGAUUUUGUUGAUAAACAUAUUGUCUCAUUUGCUUCAGUUAAAUUCUUUAUUUUAGAUGAAGCAGAUAGAAUGUUGGAUAUGGGUUUUAAGUCUAAUAUAGAACUUAUGAUCAAUCACCCAACUAUGAAAUCAAAUGUAAGUUUCCUUUGUAAUUAUAAUAUUAUUAAAACGUUAUAUAAAAUACAUCUCCAAUGAAAUAUUAAAAUUAUUUGAUAUCAACUUUUUUAUUUCGUUUUAUUUGUUUGCUUCAUUUAUUUUGAAUAUCUAUCUAAUACACAUUCAAUUUAUUUUAUUAUAGUUAUUUGUUGAUAAAUUUCAUUCAAAAAACAAAUAAAAUAAGUCAUAUUUAAAUUAUUUUUAAAAUUUCAUUAUAUUAAAACAUAUAUUUCACUAAAAUAGAAUACUAUUAGAAUGUAGUUAAUUAAUACAUAUUAUAUAAUUAUGAUUUACAUUUUAAUAAGUAUGAAAUAUGAAAACUUAUCAGUUAUUUCAGAUGAUAAGAUUUAUACAUUAUCUCAUAACAAAAUGAAUAGGUAUAGUAUUGAUUUGCACAUUCCAUUCAAAUAUAUAUUUAUUUUAUCUAUUAUUGUAAUCCUUCACUUAUUGUGGGCAAACAUUAGAAUUGUCGACAGUAGUGAAGAACCACAACAUAUACCAGAAGUGGACUAAGUAGAUGAGAUACACAAUACAUGUACUGAAUGAACACACACUGUGGUCAUCACAUCUAUCUACUGUCUUCUUUACUAUUAUAUAUAGGUAUAAUAGGUAUAAAUAAGGACUUUGUAGGCGAAGUAAACAAAAAUAAUAUUUUUGAGUUCUCACCCCUUAAUUUUGUUCAUUAUUAGCAGAAAGUAAGUUAAAUUUAGUAAAUUUACCUCCUUCACGUACCCCAAUGAGGUUGAAUAAGGUUAUUAGGAAAAUAGGAUUGAUUUGUCGUUUUUUGAUUAUAAUCUAAAAACUUUUAAACUUAUUGUAAAACUGUACCUAGAUUAUAGGUUUUUUUUUUUAUUAAAAAUAAAAAACUUAAAUAUACAAAAUUUCAUAAAUCUUAUUUUCUGAAAACAAUGAUAAAAUAUUGAAUAUUUCAUUUAUUUUGAAAAAUAGGCUUUUUUAUGAUUUUUUAAAUAUCAGAAUAACGGUUGAUUAUACUACAAAAUAUCCUAUAAAAAAAAAAAAAGUUAAUGAGUAAAUUGCAUUGAAUUAUCUGUUUUUUUUUUUUUUUUUUGUUAAAAUGGUAAACUUAAGAAAAUAAUAGUAUCUAAAAUAUUUUAUGUGUUUAAUUUUUAUCAUUUCAACUCAAUGCCAUCCAAUAUAUUUUUCUACCAUUUUCUAUACAGUCUUCAAGAUUAUUAUUUAAUCUUAAAUGAAAAAAUAUUUGCAGAUUCCUACACACCACAAUAAAAUUAUCAAAAAUUUGAUUAGAUACAGUGGUAUCUUCAUGCAAAUAACUUUGAAAAUAUUGAAAAGUGAUAAAAUAAAUGUUAUUUUUCAAAUAAUUGAAUAAAUGAAAUAAAAAUAAUGAAUAGUGACAGAAUUAUUAGUAUAAUGAUAACUGGAUAGUACAUUCUAUGCAAGCAGUCCCACAAAGAUAUAACCCUUAAAUAUCUCCGGAGAUAAUAAGUAUAAUCAAAUUCUAUUUUUUAUAUUACUCAUAGGAAUGAGGACUACAAAUAUUUAUAUUUAAAUUAAAAAUUACUGUUUUGUUAUUAUUUUCAGAAAAUUUUAAGACAGCCAUUGUGUAGAAUUUAUUUUUCGGAAAAUUUGAAUACAUCACAUAUUUUUAUCCGAUAAAUGGUUUCUAAGUAUCAGCCAUUUUCACACGGAUUAAUAGAAUUUAUAACGGCUGUAACUAUUCAUCAGAUAUAAAUAUGAGAUGCAUUUAAAUUUUCAGAAAAAUAAAUUUUACACAAUGGCAAAUAUAAAUAUUUGUAGUCCUCGUCUCUGUAAUAAUAAUAAAAAAAAAAAAAAAAAAACAGAAUUUGAUUCUUUAUUAUCUCUGGAAAUAUUCAAGGGGUAUAUCUUCAUGAGACAGCCUGUCUAAUAUGAUUUCCAUUGUAUAAUUAUCUCUAAAUAUGUAGGUAUUAAUAAAUUAAACUAUUGAGUUAACAUAUUAUAACAUUAUAGAUACUUUUAAUUUUCUUUUACUUUUAUCACUCUUAGAAAUUCAGUCCAAUGCAAUUUAUACUUAUUAACUUUUUUUAGAAAAUUAAAUUCUUUAACAUUUCUAUAUAGGAUAUAUUGUCAUAUUAUUAACUGUUAUUCUGACAUACUUAAAAACCAUAAAAAAAAUCAAUUUUUCAGCAUAAAUAAAAUAUUUUAUCAUUUUUCUUAGAAAAUAGAUUAAUGAAAAAUUGUAUAUUUAUGUUUUUUAUUCAAAUUAAAAAAACUUAUAAUUAAAGUAAAAGAAAUUUUUACAGUAAGUUGAUUAUACUCAAAAAAAAAAAAUACAUAUCAACUCUAUUUUACAAUUUUUCAUACCCAUUGAGGCAUGUGAAAGAGGUGAGUAAUCAUGACCAAAUUUAACACAAAUUAAUUUCUUACAAUAAUAAACAAAAUGGAGGGGUAAGAAAUCAAAAGUUAGCAAAUUAAAAAAAAAAAAACCCUAAAGUAUAAUAAUAUAGAUAAAUUUAAUAUAUUAUCUCACAAAUCAAAUAUAAAACAAAAAUCAAUUAUAUUUGCAGUAUAAUAGUAUAGUAUAAAGAAAAAAUACUGCUACUGCAUUAAGUUAACAUAUUUUUUAGGAAAAAAGACAAACAGCAAUGUUUUCUGCUACAUUUGCAAGUGAAAUACAGCUUUUGGCAACUUCCUACUUGAAGUCAGAUUAUAUAUUUGUCUCUGUUGGGGAAAUUGGAGGCGCAUGUAAAGAUGUGUUCCAGUCAGUUAUUAAAGUCACGAAAUUUAAUAAAAAAGAAGCAGUACUGAGUUUACUCAAAGAUAUGGGUUCGAUUUUUUUUUUAAUUUUAUGCAGACAUUUUACUAUAAGAAUUAUUUAUCCAAGUUUAAUUGAUAAAUUAUAUUAACAAAUAAUUGAACAUGUUAAUAUAAAUAAAUAAAUUUUUUGACUAUUAUUUUAGAAAAUUGUCAAGGUACUAUUGUAUUUGUUGAACAAAAAAGAAUGGCUGACUAUGUUGCUGCAUAUUUAAGUGAAAUGAAUUUUCCUACUACAAGUAUUCAUGGUGACCGUGAACAAGAAGAACGGGAACAAGCACUGCAUGACUUUAAAACCAAUAAAAUGAAAGUCCUUGUAGCCACUGCAGUUGCAGCUCGGGGACUAGGUAUUUACUACACUAGUUUUACAUGUAUAAAAUAAGGUUUAUUUUAAUUAAUUUAUAUUAUUAUAGAUAUAAAAGGUGUAAAUAAUGUGGUGAACUUUGAUCUACCAAAAACAAUUGAUGAGUAUGUACACCGAAUCGGGCGUACUGGUCGUUUAGGAAAUGCUGGAAAAGCAAUUUCAUUUUUUGAUCCAGAUUCUGAUAGUUCUUUAGCAUCUGAAUUAAUUAGAAUUCUCAGACAAGUAAGUUUAAACUGAUGUUAUAAAUUAAUUGAUUAUCUAUUAUAUUAUUUUUUUAUAUUUUUAUACUUACAUAGUUUUUUGAAAUUCCUUCCAUCUUAAAUAUAACUAUGAAAAACUAUUAAAAAAAGACACAUUCUUAAAAAUUAGCACAUCCUAAAUUAAUAUAUAUUUUUAUGUGAAUCUGUAUAAAUUAUAGGCAGAUCAAGAAGUACCAACAUGGUUAAAAGAGUAUGCUCAACACACAGGCUCUACACAAGCAUUUGAAGAUUUUAACGAUAUAAGAGAAGUAAUGUUCUUCAAAAAUAUUAAAUAUUAAUACAUAAUAUUAUAAGUGUUUAUAUAAUCUUAUAACUAUUUUAUUUAUUCAUAGUAAUAUUUUUAUUGGUAUACCUAAUUAAAAUUAAAUUAUUUUCAGUUUUUAAAACUUACAAAUUUGUUUGUUUUUUUUUUUAGAAUGCUGCUGCUCCAAUAAAAGAAAUGUGGUAG